AUGGGCGGCCAGGCCUACGAGGAUGGCGGCGGGCCGGCUGGACCGGGCUCACAAGAGGGUUCCGUCAGCCAUGCUUUCAGCUCCGGAUUGGUGCCAGGAGGAUUGGAAGCAACCCUUGCAAGGAGGGGAAGCACAGUUAGGCAAGAAGCAAGAGCACCAAGGCCCCAGGUUGGUCGUGUAGAUUUGUGGGGCGAGCCGUCAACGUUCUUUGAUGUUGCUGGCGAGCCGUUGGAUAUGGCAGAAGAAGGUCCAAGCAGGUCAGAUAACCUGCAGUGGGCACGAAAGAGCCAGCGCCAGACGAGGACUUCCUGUAGGCUGGCGCCAGAGGCCCCUGACUUUUUGAGGGAGGGAGUGCCAGAGUCGCCCUUUCGGUGGUGUUCGCCUCCACCUCCAGCCCUCCCCUCCUCGCCGCCAUCAGAGGUGUUUCAGUUUGCAAGGGACCUUGCAUCGCCUCCAAGGAUGAGGCCUGUGACAAGGUCAGGAAGAGGAGGCCGAGCCCCUGUCCCUCCAGGAGACAGGAGGUUCAACCCAUGGGAGGACAUCUUGGACCCAGACGAUGAGUUCCUGGACUUGGGAAUGAUACAAACUGGAAGGCCAGGACCGUCCAGGCAUGGCAGAGGUGCAGGAAGGCCUGCAUCUGCGGAGGCAAGCAGGACACGUGUUGGCCCAAGGUCGGAAUCUUUCCCAUGCGGAUUCUUUGAGCUGCCGUCCACUGAGGCAGCAGAGGGCGGUGGUUUUCCAUCCAUGACUCAGCGUACUUCCAGGGGGGUAGACUCCAGACGUGCUGCCCUGCUGGAUGCAGCAAGAGAACAGGCACUCCAGCAGACAAGGGAUGCCAUUCAGCGCCAUCGAACACAGCGCGCCCAGCGGCUCAGAGAGCGACGUGCUUCGCUGAGGGAAGAGUUUGGAGCACUCAUGAGCGCCCUUGGAAUACUGCAUGGCCCCGAGGGAGGGCAAGACCGAGUACGGGAACCGCGUGGGGGGAUGGUGUCCAUGCACGAAGCUGUGAUGGGCAUCGCAAGGUCUGGUUUGCCUCCACACCUGCUGUUCACCGAUCGGGACUUCACACCAGAUGACUACGAGUGGCUGUGUCGCCUGGACGAGGGCGUUGAGAAUAGGAAGGGGGCCGAUGAGGACACGAUCAACAAGCUUGCGACUGUUGCGUAUGCAGACGUGGAGUUUGAGGAUGCACAUGAGGAUGUACAGGAAGAAGAGGAAGAAGUGGAGCUGGAGGAGGAGGGUGAGGAGGGUGUCAGCGAUCCAGGCAGGCGGUGCCCAAUAUGCUUGGACUGCUUUGGGAGGGGGGACAUGUUGCGGGUGAUGCCGUGCAAGCACAAGUACCACAAAGACUGCUUGGACAAGUGGCUAAAGAUCAAGGCAACGUGCCCAAUAUGCAACCUGAACAUAAAAGGGGAGUAA